AAAAUAAUAAUUUCUUUAUACGAACUCAAGAGAUUCAAAUACAAUUUGUUGCACUAUAGGUUAGAAAUUAUUUGCUAUAUAAUGAAAUAGUCAUUUUUGUCAUGUGACUUAUUAUAUUGACCGAAGAUUGCUCAACAAUCUUCAGUCAAUUUAGUUUUCGCUUCUGCGAAAUACUUGGCUCUAUAUUCGAGCCGAAUUAUCUCUUGUCUCUCUUUUUCCAACCAGUCUUUUACAACAAGUUUUGAUAUUCCUAUAUCGUUUUCAUAGACGGGCACUAUUUGUAUCCAAGUCUGAGCAUUGAUAAAGUGAUGAUGGAGCAACAGUCGUCUGGAGAAGCAAAACAACAGAUCAGUCGCUCCAAAGCAAGACAUUUACGUCGAAAGCGUCUCAUUGCUGCACGUAAAUCUGAAAAUGAUAGCUCAUCGCUGAAUCACUUACAUACAGAACAGAAUAUCAACAUAGAAGCAACUGAUGUACUUACUAAAUCAAAAGCCAAAAGGUUACGAAAAAAAGAGAAAGCCAAGGAACCAAGUCAUCCACUGCAAACUAACAAAAAUACGCUUGAAUCUGAAGUAGAAACUGAAUCGUCGAUUAAUAAUUUAUCCUUGAGUGAUGUCAAGGGGGAUGAUAAGUUUAAUCAAAGUGCGGUGACAAAUUAUAACAAACCUAAUUUCUUGCCUCCUGAAUUAAAAAAACAAGCAUCAAAAGCCAUCCUUGAUGAUGCAAGUAAGAUCACUUGUAGAGGUAGCAGUACACCAUCAAACUACCAAGAAACUUCUACUUCGAGUACUGUCUCAAAUGAUCAGAGCUUGAACAAGAAACAAAAUAUAAGUAGUUCUCCAAGUUCUGAAGAUUGGCAUAUUCCUGGCCACUGUCAAAAUCUGCCACGUUCAGACUCCGAAAUUUCACCUAAAGGGCACAGUGACAUCAGUACUGAUCUAGCCAAUGGUCAAAUUUCUGUAAAAUCGGGAGGAAAAAUAAAUUCGAUGAUGGAAAAGUCUAGGGAACAAGUGAAGGCAGAACGCGAAGCCAAGAAAGCAGCAAAGGCUUUGGCUAAGAGUAAAGCAAAAACGCCAAAAACUGAGCAAACAAUCGAUGUCAAAAGUAGCAAGGAUACACCAACUAAGAUUGUUACUGCUAAAAAUGUUAAUAAAGGUGUGGAAGAAAUUGUUGUUGACAAAAAAGCUGUACCAUCAAAAGAAACAGUCAAAAGAACUGAGAGUGAAAUAGUCUCCAGUGCAGGGGAUAAAAAAAAUGAAUCUGUCACCAAAACGGCUAGUGAUAAAAGUAAACGAGAGGCCCGAGCAGAGCGUAGAGCUAAACAAGAGGCUCAAAGAGCUGCCAAAGAAAUGCAGAUUCCACAAAAAAAUAAGCAAAAGACAGUUGAACCUCCCAAAUCAAAAGCUCCAUCCAAAUUACUCGAGCCUGUUAAGAAUAUUGUGAAGAAAAACUUAUUAGAUAAUAACUUACAUGAGGUGAAACUUUUUAAGCAUUUGUAUCAUGAAAGAGAAUUGUCGUUGGUGAAUGUUCCUACACUGAACUCUGAUAUACACCCUGCACUAAUUAGACUCGGAGUCCAGUAUGCAAAUAAGAUAAUCGUUGGCAGUAACGCAAGAUGUGUCGCGUUAUUAUCUGCAAUCAAACAGCUCAUCGAAGAUUUUGAACGACCUCCACAAGUCGAUUUUACAAGAGGCUUAGAAUCUAGCUUACAAGAGGGCGCAGCUUACUUACACCAUUGUAGACCAAUGGCGGUUUCUAUGCAAAAUGCUUUGAAGCAUCUCAAGUGGCAAAUGAGCCAAUUACCGACAACCACCUCAGAUGAAGACGCUAAAACGAAAUUGCAAGAUGCUAUUGAUACGUAUAUUAGAGAACAAAUUGAACUUGCUGGAAAAGCAAUUUCAGACACCAUAAAAUCGAAGAUAUCUAACGGAGAUGUUAUCUUGACUUAUGCAUUUUCAUCUCUAAUUCACAACAUAUUAGUUGAAGCACAUAAAGAUCGUAAACAGUUCAGAGUUAUUAUAGUCGACGGUAGGCCUUGGUUGGAGGGAAAAGAACAAAUGAGGCGACUUGUAAGACAUGGAAUUGAAUGUUCCUAUGUAUUAAUCAACGCGCUUAGUUUCAUUAUGCCUGAGGUUAGUAAAGUAUUUUUGGGAGCACAUGCAAUUCUAGCGAAUGGUGCUGUGAUGUCGAGAGCAGGCACAGCACAAGUCGCUCUCAUGGCAAAGGCAUUUAAUGUGCCCGUCUUAGUUGCCUGUGAAACGCACAAGUCAUGCGAGCGUGUUCAAACAGAUUCUUUUGUCUACAAUGAAAUUGGUGAUGCAGACGAACUAGCUAACCAUUGGUCGAGUAAAGACAAGAAAUCUCAGCUUACCAAUUGGAAAACAAAGAAAUCGCUGGAUCUGCUAAACAUAACAUUUGAUGUUACCCCUGCUGACUUGGUAUCAGCAGUAGUUACUGAACUAGCAAUCCUACCCUGUACUAGUAUUCCAGUUAUACUCCGAAUCAAGCCAUCUGAAAUUUAGGUUUUAUAUUUAUACAGUACUAUUUUCACAUCAAACCACAUCACUGUUAUCAUGAACCUUAACUAUGAUAUAAACUUAGCUAUGCAUUCUGUUGAACUUUUCAUAUUUAUGAAAUUAAAUGUAUUAAAAUGUACAUUGCUUUAAAUACUUUGGAAUAAAUAUUUGAAAAAAUCAAA